CAUGUUGUUCAAUGUGGCUCUUCAAACCCAUCUCCUACGGCAACUGCCAUUGCUCCGACCCUCUGCUCAAAUAUCAGAAAGGCAGUGGGGGUCACAUCUCCCAGAAUCUGGGGGCCUCUCGCUGAAAGGAAAGCCUGUAAUCUACGGAAGAAAAGAAAGAGGAAAUAGCCACGAUUUCACGGUUGUUGUCAGCGGCAGUCCAGCAAAUUGAUCACGGAGGAGGAAGAGGGAGAAGAAGAGGAGAGGAGCCAUGUCCAAUGUUAUCCUAGAGAGCAUCUUUCUGAAACGUUCCCAGCAGAAGAAAAAGACUUCUCCGCUGAAUUUCAAGAAGCGCCUCUUUAUGCUGACAGAGACCAAGCUCUCUUACUAUGAAUACGACUUCGAACGUGGGCGCAGAGGAAGUAAGAAGGGCUCGGUGGACAUCGAUAAAAUCACCUGUGUCGAGAUUGUGAUUCCAGAAAACAAUCCUCCUCCGGAACGACGGGUAUCGCGAAAAGAAGAUGCAAAUGAACACGAGCAGAUUUCCAUUAUAGAAAGGUUUCCUUAUCCUUUCCAAAUUGUAUACGAUGAAGGACCUCUCUAUGUCUUCUCUCCCAUGGAGGAAUUACGGACCCGCUGGAUUCACCAACUGAAAAGCAUGACCUAUUAUAACAGCAACUUGGUGCAGAAGUAUCAUCCUUGUUUCUGGACAGAUGGACAAUAUCUUUGUUGCUUCCAGACCGCCAAAAUGGCCAUGGGGUGCAAAGUUUUGGCCGGCCGGAGUCAAAGUUUCAAAAGUGGCCGUUUGCUUCAGAAGCCCGAAAAGCCAUUGCCUCCAACGCCAGAGGAGAAUCAGUUCAUGAAGAAGCCUCUGCCACCCAAGCCGACACCCAGCAUUCCUUCCAAGACGAGGAAGGUGAUCGCUCUCUACGAUUACACCCCCAUGAAUGACCAGGAUUUGCAGCUCCAGAAAGGGGAAGAAUAUCUCAUCCUGGAGGAGAGCAGUGAAUCCUGGUGGAGAGCCCAAGACCAGGAUGGGAAACAAGGUUACAUCCCCUCCAAUUACAUCACCGAAACAAGAGAUUCUCUGGAGAUAUUUGAGUGGUAUUUGAAAAACAUAACCCGAAGGCAAGCGGAAGAAUUGCUGAAGAAAGAGAGCAAAGAUGGCGGUUUCAUCGUUCGAGAUUCUAUCAGCAAGACAGGCAAAUACACUGUCUCUGUGUUUGCUAAGUCCUCUGGGGAUCCUCAGGGCACCAUCCGCCAUUAUGUGGUGUGCUCAACGCCCCAGAACAAAUAUUUCCUGGCCGAGAAGCACCACUUCGACACUAUCCCAGAGCUCAUCAACUAUCACCAACACAACUCCGCAGGACUUAUCUCCCGAUUGAAGUAUCCUGUUUCAACACAACAGAAAUCUGCUCCUUCCACCGCAGGGCUUGGAUAUGGGGCCUGGGAGAUUGACCUGAAAGAACUGACAUUUCUGAAAGAGCUGGGGACAGGCCAGUUUGGAGUGGUGAAACAUGGCAAGUGGCGAGGUCAAUACAACGUGGCCAUCAAGAUGAUCAAAGAAGGCUGCAUGUCAGAAGAUGCCUUUAUUGAUGAAGCCAAAGUCAUGAUGAAUCUUUCUCAUCCCAACCUGGUGCAACUGUUUGGGGUUUGCACGAAGGAAAGACCAAUCUUGAUUAUCACCGAGUACUUGUCCAAAGGUUGCCUCUUGACCUACUUGCGGGAUACUCGGCGGUCCUUCCAGGCCACCGAGCUUUUAGAUAUGUGCAAGGAUGUCUGUGAAGCCAUGGAGUAUCUGGAAUGCAAACAGUUUCUACACAGAGACCUGGCUGCUCGCAACUGCUUGGUCAACGAACAAGGGGUGGUCAAAGUGUCUGAUUUCGGCCUUUCCAGGUAUGUCUUGGAUGAUGACUACAUCAGCUCUGUGGGAACCAAAUUUCCUGUCCGGUGGUCUCCCCCAGAAGUUCUCCUCUACAGCAAGUUCAGCAGUAAAUCGGACGUCUGGGCUUUUGGUGUCCUGAUGUGGGAAGUCCACACUUUGGGGAAGAUGCCCUACGAGAGGUUCACCAACAGUGAGACCACCGACCACGUCAUCAAAGGGCUGCGUCUCUACCGCCCCCAGCUGGCCUCUGACAGGGUCUACGCCAUCAUGUACAGUUGUUGGCAUGAGAAAGCAGAAGAACGUCCAAGUUUCCAGGUCCUCCUUGGGCAAAUUAUGGAUUUAGCGAAUGAAGAUGUUUGAUCCCCACCGGUCACCCCAUGUUCAUUUUCCCCUGUGAAUUGUUGCCACAUUCUUCAGUUUGCUGAGGAACUGCUGAAUGGACACGGUGAAAAACAGAAUCAGCAAGAAGGCAAUCACAACCAAAAUAGUUCGAUCGAUUGAGAACUGUCUCCAAAACUGCCUUUUACUCACCUUUGUGUUUGUCUUCAAAGCCAGCCAAAACUAACAAGACUAGCAAGUGCUGUUUAGGUGUUUUCCUAUCCAGCAAGAUAAGGUGCAGUUUGAUCAUCCCAUUUCCAAGUCAGCCGAAAAGAAAACCAGCAUGAAAUUGUUUGUCUUCGUUUCUGAUUCCUGACCCACCUCAGUCUCUGCCUUCCCAUCAGGAUCAUGCGUGCCAAACCCUCACAGAUUUUGCCCACCUGGAGAUUAACCUUGGAUUACGAGAAAAAUCCUGCUUAGUGUUCAAUAGGAUGAAAACCCCUGUUGGAAUGGAACAGGAAAAAAAAACUAUGAUUACAGACAAAUGGCAGAGGCUUUUGGUAAAAGAAUACGUAGGUCUUCCAAAAUCACUUGAAACAAGAUAAUGGGAUUUAAUUAACGUUGGAGAACACAGCUGUUUCAAAAUGUCUUGUGCAGUGAUGGAUAAAAAUGCAAAGAAGCGAUAGAAAAAAUGAAUUGCAUUUCAUAAAGAGAAAAUGAACUCCUCCAUCACCUUCCUGGAUUCUUGUUGACUUGUUCACUGGUGCUUCGUUCAACGUGAAGAUUUCUUUUUAAUUUUUGUUUACUGUAAAAGUCAUCUGACUAAUCUUAUCAUCCCAAAUAUUCUCUUCCCCAAUAAAUCACAUUCAACAUCCUGAAAAAGUCCUCUGCUCCCAGAAACUGAAGCCAGGAAUCUUACUGUAGAACUCUUCAGAUAAACUUAGGGGGAAAUUUCCUUUUUUUUAAAAAAAAAAGAAAGCACAAAACGGGCAAAAAUGGAUACAAUACAGAACGGAUAGAGCAGUGCAAUGCACGAGACUUCACAUCAAACGAGUGAUACCUGAAGUCUGUUUCACUCUGAAGCAGUGAGAAAAUAGAACAGGGAAGUAGUAACAGGAAG